UCUCUCGCAAACCCUAAACCCCUCCUCUCCCUUUAUCUUUGCUUGCCUCCUCUGCCCACAAGCCACACCCGCCGCCGCCUCUUCUUCUUCCCGCCGCCGCCGCCGCCGCCGAAGAGUCCAAGACCUGCGACCUGUUGAGCUGAGAACAGAGCAAAGCCGAGAAGGCAUCCGCCAUGGCCAAGAACCCCAAGGUGUUCUUCGACAUCCUAAUCGGCAAGUCCCAGGCCGGCCGCGUCGUGAUGGAGCUCUUCGCCGACAAGGUGCCCAAGACGGCCGAGAACUUCCGCGCCCUGUGCACGGGCGAGAAGGGCCUGGGCUCCUCGGGGAAGCCGCUGCACUACAAGGGCUCCGCCUUCCACCGCAUCAUCCCCAGCUUCAUGUGCCAGGGCGGCGACUUCACCCGCGGCAACGGCACCGGCGGGGAGUCCAUCUACGGCGCCAAGUUCGCCGACGAGAACUUCAAGCUGCACCACACGGGGCCCGGCGUGCUCUCCAUGGCCAACGCGGGGCCCAACACCAACGGCUCCCAGUUCUUCAUCUGCACCGCGCAGACGUCCUGGCUUGACGGCAAGCACGUCGUCUUCGGCAAGGUGGUCGAUGGCUACGCCGUCGUGCAGAAGAUGGAGGCCGUCGGCUCUGGGUCCGGUGCCACGUCCCAGACCGUAGUCAUCGAGGACUGCGGCCAACUUGCUCACGACUGAGUGCCUUGCUCAGCUGUCUCGAGUUUCAUUGUAGCCAAAUGAACGGAUAAAUAAAUUUGAUUAGAUUAGUUUUGAUUUAUGAGAUGCUCAGACUUGUAUUGUAUACCACACAUCGGCGUCCGUCGGAAACAUAGACCUUGCUGAGCUGUCUCGAGUUGUUCCGGCGCUAAGGGCAGUUUUAGUGGGGCUUUUAUCAGAAUAUCAUGUACAUUUAUUAUAACGUUAUGUCAGUAAAACUGUAUUUUUUCAUGAAAUGAAGAGGAGAGAGAAGUAGUUUCACCACGGUGAAACUCCGCGGGCGUUGUUUUCCACGCGGUGAAGCGCGGGCGUUGUUUCCCACGUGGUGAAA